AAUAAAAAACGAAAAAAACCCAUUAAGUCGGAUUUUAUGAGCUUUUUCAUAUUUUUUACUUAAAGAUGUAAUUAUCUAUAUAUACUUAUAUACUAUCUAUAAUCAUUAUAUAUACUUUUUUUUAUUUAUUUAUCAACAAAAUAUUACACCUGCUUAUACAUAUCAUUUUUCAAAAAUCUAUCUAAAAACGUUUAUGUAUUUUUAUUAUUAUUUUUGUAUUUUUGACUUCAGCACCUAUUUGUUAAUAAGUUAAAUAUCUUCUUAUAACAAUACAAGGUGAUUCUUUUAUCAAACAACACUCAUUAUUUCAAAAAAUAUAGAUAUUUACAUGUUUUUUUCACUUUUAUAUUUAAUAGUAAAAAAAACAUCAAUUUUUGAUUAUUAAAUGGCAACCUAUAUUAAUAAUUGCAUAAAUUAAUAAAACCAUUUUUUUGGUGAAUUUUCACAUUAAAAUGUUUAACUUUGGUUGAUCCGUGGGCGAGUUAUAGUUGCUCAAAGAUGGUUAGUUUUAGAAGGCUUUUAGGUGUUAUGCAUCAGUACUAAUUAACAUCGUCAGAACUGUGAUUUUUAUUUGUAAAAUCCAGUAGCUAUAAUAGUAAUGAAUUUGAUAUCGUCGACCCCAUUGUGUAGUCGUGUAGCGGAGAGUGGUGAUAAUAUUUGUAUCUGUUACUACCUGCCAUAGCUUAUUGUCAAAUGUUAUAUAAUUAUAAUUAAUUGGACUAAUAUUACUAAUUAAUACUACUUAUCAGUUAUCUAUUGACACUAUCUAUUUACACUCAAUAAACACUUCCCAAAACUACCCAACUUUGAGAAACUUAUCUCAUCAACAGAUUAACGAAAAAUGAAAAUUUGAAUGUGAUAAUCCAUAAAAAAAAUAGCCUCACAUGAUAUUUUUAGUACUUAUAGAUUGUUAUUUUAAAAUCAAAAGUUGAUAGUGGCUUACAUAAUAAAUAUAAGGGUGAAAAUAUAAAAGAGUUCUACAAUUCUAGAACAGUACGGAUCUUAAAUUUUGAAAAAAGUCAAUACUUUUUGAAAUAAUAAAUGUUAUUUGCUAAAAGAAUCACUCUGUAUACAAUUACUCAAAUAAACUAAUAAAAACUGCUAUAAUAUUUUUUUUAAAUUAUAUUUAAAACAGGUAGGUACUGGAUAGUGGAUACUUCUCUGUUGUACAUUAUAGGUAGAUAUCGAAGGAGUCACUUUCAUGGGUGUAUUAAAUUUAAGUUCUGUGUACCUAUAUCAUUGAAUACGAAAAAUGAUUUCAGGUGGAUAUCAACCUAUAUUGCUAUAAGUAUACUUCACAAUGCAUUUUUUUUGUGUGCUAUUAAUAUUAUAUAGGUACCUACGAAGUACCUAUACUUUAAUAUUAAUAUUACAGUGGGUUAAUUUAAUUUUUGCAAAAAUAUAAUAUCUAGUAUUUGUUAUAUUAUUAGUUUAAUUAUAUUAGCAUAUUUACACUGUAUGGUAUUUAUUUUUAUUUAGUGUAAAACUGUAAACAUUUAAAUUGUCUAUGAUUAGGUAUAUUUUAUUUUAAUAUGAAAAUGGUAUUCAUAUUUCAUACAAUAGAUAUACAUGUAAAAUAAUAUUUUUAGUAGGUAUAGGUAAUAUUCUAAUAAUAAAUACAUAUUUGAAGAGGUUAUGUUUAAUUGUAUGCAUAAAAAUAAUGUUUUCACAUUAGUUGUACAAAAUGUUGUACAAGUACCGUAGAACUCCGAUUAUUCGGACUAACUAAUGUCAAGGGUGGUCCGGAUAAGCAAAUAUCCAGAUGAUUGACAUAUGACAUAUCAAAGGUUAUAUAAUUGUAUGAAUAUAAUGUAUGUAUGUAUUUAUUAUAAAUAUGUAUGUACCUAAUAUAAUUUAAAAUUCAUUAACAUAAACAAAUAUUUUUAUUAAAAUAUUUAACUGAAACAAAAUAAGCUUUAAUUAUAUUAUGUGACAUAUUUUGAAACUAUAAAAAGCCGUCUUUUUCUUUUUUUUCUCGUAUGGUUAAUUGGACGUCCGGUUGAUUGGAGUUCGGAUAAUCGGAAUUCUACUGUACUAGGAUGUUCCAAGAAAAUUUUUUUCGGCUUCAUGAAAAAAAAAUGUCUAGAGUCCCGUGAAAAAAUCUGUCCUGAGCCCUACAAAACCUUCCGCCAGCUCUGAGCCAUGACUUACCAGUUUUCGGCGUUUGUGAAAUUUAAAAUGAUAAGAUAACUGGCAACUAUUAAACAAAUGUAAACUUUAUUUAACAAAAACAGUCACGGUUGCUCCCGGUUAUUGUCUAUUAUGUUAAAUCGAUAACUCGUGUUACUGUUCGAGUUCGUACGUAUCGUUGGUAUGUAAAACGCAUUAAUUUAAUUACAGUGAACAGGUAUAGUUGGUGAAUGGUAGGUUCUCAUCUCAUUAUUCAAAACGCCUAAGACUAUUCGACGACUAAACCGACAAGACUACUAUGCUAUCGUUACUAUUUUCACUAUAAAAUGGAUAAAAAUAACAUAAUAUACUUCAAAGAAACGAAAAAUACGAUUCUUCCUUGUUUAUUUAAUUUUAUUACCAACGCAAACAGUUUUUGUUGUUCUAUAACUAUGAAACAUAACAUAGAUUUGAGCAUCCUAUUUGUUACUGGAAUAAUCGAAGAAUUAGAAGCGAAUAGUAAAUCAAUUUUUAAACAAAAUUUAAAAGGUGAUUUCUAUAACGUCAUCAAUUAUAAACGCAAUACAAUGAACAAGGAACAGCAAAAGUAUAAGCAAAUUAAACAUGACAUUCAGAUGAAGAUUGAAAAAAAAAAUCAAAUUGAACAUUACUUCAACGCCGUAGAUCGACAAUUACAGUUUGUCAUGAAAAAAAAAAUAAUGAAAUCAGAAGCAAUUAUUGUUGCGGCAAUGAAAGAACAUGAACAUACAAUUGUGAAUUUACAAUUAGAUGCAAAAAGUAUAUUAUCAGAAAUUGAAUCAAAUGCAAAAAAUAACGAAAUUAAUAAAAAUAUUCGUAUGCAAAUUAGGAACGACUUAAAAAUCAGAAAAGCUUUAAUAGUGCAUACAUACGAUACCGAGAUGAUGACAAAAUACAAUAACGUGAAUGGAUUUAAUUCAAAAAUAAAAAAAAAUGAAGAUACUAUUUUUCAAUUGCAAGAAUCCAUUUCUUACCAAAUGCCAUUUUAUAAUAAUGUGGUGAUUGAAAAAGAAGAGGAAAAUGAUAGAAUUUGGCAUUCAAAAUUACAUGAAAUACAGCGUAAAAUAGCUGCUCGAAAAAUACAAAUGCAUUUCAGAAGAUACUUAAACUACAUUAAGACUCGCGAUAUUAAGAAAAAUAAAAAAGGACAACACAAAAAACCCAACCGAAAAUAAAAAACAUUUAAAUUUACUAUCAUUUUAAAUCUAGAUAUUUUGAAAACAACAC